AGAUUCUCAAAGAUGCAAAUUGUCUGUUUGGGACUGCUCCUUUUCAGUGUGACCUGGGCAGCACCAGCAUCGCAACCACAGGCUGAGAAAACUAAGCAAGACUGUGUGGAAGAACAGAGGAUAACGUACAAGGGCCACCAUGAGAAACAUGGGUAUUAUAUUUUUAAGUAUGUUUACACAUCACCUGGGAGGAAAAAUCAAACUGACAUAAAGAAAGAAGAAAAAAACAAAGACAAUACUGCUCUUCCCCUUUCUGGCAAGAGAAGAAAUCGAGAGCCAGCACCUAAAGAAAACAUCGCCCAGGAAAGAGCGAAUAACUUGUCCCCUCUUGGAGCCAAUGAAAAUAACCAAAGUAGUGAAUCCCACAUUCUUUUUGAAAAUAGACAGAAAAUGAAUGAAGACUAUAGUAUUAACAAAAAAGAAAAUGCACACAAUGACCUAAAGAUGUCCACGUACCCUGAAUCCACUGAGAAUAAUGGGGCCAAGGAGGGAGACGAUGCUAUCAGCAAACUCCAUGACCAAGAAGAAUAUGGAGCAGCUCUCAUCAGAAAGAAUAUGCAACACAUAAUGGAGCCAGGGACUGUGAUUGAACUCUUGGGGGAAGAAAACAAAGAGAACGAACCCAGGAAAGUUCUAAGCAGAAUUCCAGCAGGUGCGAACUAUGCUAAAGCCCCCUUAAAAGAUAAAAAGUAUCAUCAAAGAGAUCCCCAAGCCCAGAAUAUUCUCGUAAAAAGCAAAAGCACCCACCGUAUCCAGCACAACACUGACUAUCUAAAACGGCUCCCGAAAGUCAAAAAAAUCCUCAGCGAUGUUGAAGGCAGUGGUGACCCAGAUCUUCAAGAGAGGGGGGACAAUGAUAUUUCUCCUUUCAGUGGAGAUGGCCAACCUUUUAAGGACAUAUCUGGUAAAGGAGAAGCUAUUGGUCCUGACCUAGGAGGUGCAGAUAUUCAAACAGAGUUUUCCAGCCCAGGUGAAGCUGAGACUAGUCAUCCCGAUGCGAAAGGGCCAGGUUAUAAUGAGAUCCCAGAGAAAGAAGAAAAUGGCAGAAAUACCAUUGGAACCAGGGAUGGAACAGCAAAAGAGGCAAAUGGUGCUGAUGUGAGGCUAGUGGAGGGCAGCAACAACAUCAUAGGUAGCACUGACUUUAAGAAACUCCCUGGAAAAGAAGGAAACAGAGUGGAUGCCAGCAGCCAAAAUGCUCACCAAGGGGAAGUCGAGUUUCAUUACCCUCACAUACCCUCAAAAGAGAAAAGAAAAGAAGGCAGCAGUGAUGUAGCCGAAAGUACUAAUCAUAAUGAAAUUCCGAAAAAUGGCAAAGGUAGUAGUAGAAAAGGUCCAGAACAUUCUAAUGGGAAUCAAGCAACCUCAAAUGAAAAACAAAGAUUUCCUAGUAAGGGCAAAAGUCAGGGCCAGCUCAUUCCUUCUCGUGGUCUUGAUCAUGAAAUUAAAAAUGAAAUUGGUUCCCAUAAUGGCCCCAAUAAUGAGGGGACUAUAACACACAGCAGAAAAAAUCAUUAUGUACCCCACAGACAAAACAACUCUUCAUGGAAUAAGGGUAUGCCCCAAAGGAAAGGGUCUUGGGGUUACAGAAAACCCCACUCCAAUAGGAGGUUUAGUCCCCCUAGAAAGCGUGACAGUAGUGAGUCAUCUGACAGUGACAGUUCCAGUGAGAGUGAUGGCGACUAG